AGUCGGUACACGAAGGACGCGACAUCAAUGGUUGACGAACAGACACCGCAGCCCGCAGCUGCUUCAGAAGUGACGACUUCACUUACUGAUCCGUCGAAGAAGCGGAAGCGCGAUGAUGAGAAUGGCGCGUCUAAGAGCAUUGGUCCUAAUACCUUUCGCGAUUUUCAUCGCGUGUUCUCAGAACAACGCGGUGGAUCGCUCGUGAUAAACACCACCCUCCGCCCACCAGCACCCUCAGGUCAACCAGCCCCUACAACCACUCCCUCCGAAACCAUCUCCUCCAAACUCCUCAAAGCCGCCUACAAAUCCCUCAACGAGCUCGAAGCCGACAUCAACUACUCCGCCCGAGUCUUCGCAAACACCCUCCCCACCACAUCCCGACGCUACCGUGACGCUGACGCGUUCUACAAAUAUGCCAAAAGCUUGAUCGCGAGGGAGCAGGCGAAGGAUGUUAAGGUUGUUGCGACGCAGGAGGGGGUUGAUACGCUUGCGCCUGGACCGAAGAAUCCGCCGCAGCAGCCGUUGAUGAGGCCGGAGGAGAAGACGGUGUUGACUGUUCUCAGUGGGGCACAGAUGCUUUUCUCCUCUGUCACUAAGAGGGCGACAUUAGAUGAGAGACCACUGGAUGUCACGAACUACGGCGCCCGAUUCGCGGAAGCAACGAAAAUCGUCCCGAUGGCGCCAGUCCCCAAUACCGCGACCCUGGGCAGCGUCGCCCCCGAUUUCUCGAAAGCGGCAAAGGAGAAGGAUGAAGACGAUGUGAAGAAGUUGCCGAAUGCAAAGUGGAUAGGGUAUGACCCGUAUGCGACGUUUGGGCCUGUGAUGGAGCAGGGUGGGGCGUCGUAUGGUGCGGAUGUAAACAGUAUGGUGUGGUGCGAGACGAGGGGGAGGAAGGCGUUGAGGAAGGUACUCGGGAUUGAGGAGAAGAAGGAGGACAAGGUUGGCGCGGAUGAGAAGGCGGCGGUGGAGGAGUACAAGGAGCCGGAGCCGGUGGAGAUUGAUGAGAAGUUGAUUCUGGCAUGGGAGCCUGAACCUGAGCCAAAGCCGACUGCUACUCCUUCAGUACUGGUACCAACACCAACAUUCUCACCUCUCUCCCAAAUCACCACCCUCCUCAAAGAACUUCGAGACCUUCAAUCCUCCCGCCUCGCCCUCCCCACCCCAAAGGACUCCCAACCCCUGCCCCCAUCCCGCGAGGAAAAAGAACUCGCCACACGCAUUCAAACCCUCAUCGUGGACACUAUCGCUUCCCACCCGGAACUCACCCCGGCAGCACUCUUACCCGUCGAGUCCGUCCCGUUCCCGACAAAAGCAGUCACGAUACCGACCCUGGAAAAGAGCUACAUCGGCUCCCUCUCAAACCUCUCCGAAGCCGCACCCCCUGCCCCGCCGCCUCCGGUGCCUAUGCCCGCCGCCCACAGCCUUCCUAUGGCCUACCCACCUGCGACGAUGAUGUUGACUCGAGGCCAUGGUGUGCCGCCGGCGCCACCGGAGUGGGUACAAAGACAGUUGGCGAAUGGGGCGGUGUUGAUGACGCCGGGCCCGGGAAUGGGGGGGAUGACGCCGAUGGGGAUGCAGCAUGGGCCUGGGGGGAUGAUGUUGGGGAAUCCCAUGGGACCGGCGGGGACGCCGACGAGGCCUGGGGGGAUGACGAGGGGAUUGAGUGGAUUGGGUGGUCAAUUGGGGCCGAGUGGGUUGGGACCAGGGCCGGGUGUGAGGAGGUAAAUCGUCCUUGUGUGGUAUAUAGAGGACAGGACUACCAUCAUACAACACAUCCGUGGUUUUUUGGGGAGGGGUUGCGUCGCGUUGGUUCUACGGUAUAUGAGUCGUGCACGAGAGUGUGUUUACCAAAGAAUCUUAUUGUUUCUCAGUCAGUAUCACCAAGAACUCAAAAGAAAGAGAAAUGUAAAAACAUCCAAUGGUGCACUCCUCAGUCAAAAAGCACCUCCCGAUACACGUUUAGUUCCCAGCGCUGAAGGGGCUAACAC